AUGCCUCUCCAAAAUCCCAAAGUUGCCUUCGUGACAGGCUGCAACGGUAUCAGUGGCAACGCAAUUGUUGAGCAUCUCAUUCGUCAACCAAAGGAAGAGUGGUCCAAAAUCGUGGUGACGUCGCGAAGUCCGCUCAAGAACUACUGGCAAGAUCCACGCGUCGAAUUUCUGGCGGUGGAUUUCCUCGAGCCAGUCGACACAGUCAUCUCGAAAUUGUCUCGAAGCUGUGAAACAGUCACGCAUGCCUACUACACCUCCUAUGUUCACACCGAUGAUUUUACAAAGCUCCGUGACUACAAUGUCCCACUCUUUGAGACAUUUCUUGUCGCCAUAGAUAAGGUAGCCGGUCAAAAUUUGCAGCGCAUAUGCCUCCAGACAGGAGGAAAGGUAAAUGGACAUCCUGCCCAAUACGUCCAGGUGACGCUUACUGAUCUUGAUCUACAGCACUACGGCCCUCACCUUGGGCCUGUCUUUUGUCCGAUGACAGAAGAUCUGCCCCGAUAUGAGGAUCAGGGGCUGAACUUCUACUACGCGCAAGAAGAUUUCAUGUUCAACUUGCAAAAGAACCGCAACUGGGCAUACAGCAUCAUUCGACCCAACGGCAUCAUCGGUUUCACUCCUGGUAGUGAGUAG